AUGGACAAGAUUCGUCGAAUCAAGCAUAACUUGGUUAAGUAAGUUUUUUUUGUUUCCGGAAAAAAUAAAAAAUCUAUAUUUUUGCAGCACCUCGAAAAAAGAUGACGAUGAAGAGCUUCGCAAUAUUCAUCAAAUCGAAGCCAGAAAUUCAAAGGUAAAAUUAUCGAUUGCUCACUAUUUAUUUAUUCAUGUGUUUUUUUGCAGCUGUGCUCAACAAUAACUACAUUUCGCAAAGAUCUCGCAAACACAUUCCAGACUGGUUUUAAAGAAGAAAAUGUUGAUAAAAGGAAGGUUGGUGAUGAAAUUCAAAACUAUAUUUUCAAAACAAAACUGUUUUUUUUUCAGAAGAAACUUGAGGAAAUUGGUCUAUCAAACAAUCUCAAAGAUUCUUCAGUUGAUCUCGAAUAUUUGCAAUCCACAUGUAUACAUAAAGUUAUGAAUAGUAUCGCAAAUGCGAUUCACUUUGAAGCGGAAGAAAAAGUUAAGCAUGAACUCAUUUUGGAGCGAUUAGUAUAUGAGGAACUUGCCAGUGUUGGUGAAGCUGAGAAGUCAUAUCAAAAGUCGAAGGAGAAAUUGUUGAAUGCGUAUACUGAUUUGGAAAUUGCGCAGAAGAAUUUGGAGAAGGAGUUUAGUUCAACACAUCAGGAAGCUGUUGAUAGUGCACAAUUGAAAGUCGAGACUUUGAGAGAUUCUUUGAUGACUGAUGCGUUUUUGCAAUCGACGAAAGAACAGGAAAUUGCAAAGGUUUGUGUUUUGAGAAUCGAUGUUUUCAGUCGGUCCCAAAAUAAAAAUAAAAUCUGAUUUUGAUUAUUUUUUUUGAAUUUUGAAGAAAAACUUCAAUAAAAUCAAAAAUUGGUUAUUUUUCCAGACAAUGGCCAAACUCAUCCAAUUGAAAUACGAACAUCAUCGACAGAUGAAUGAGGAAUUUGCAAAAGUCCUCCCAGAACUAACAAAAUAUAUCGAUACUGCCCGCCCUCGACCGGUAUUUGGUGUCGAUUUAACCGAACAUUUGGCUCACACAAAUUCAAGCAUUGCUGUUGUAAUUGAGAAAAGUUGCUCACUUUUACGAGCAAAUGGAUUCAAUGAGAAGGGACUUUUCCGUGUGAAUGGCAACAAUGGAAAAAUCCGAAGAAUCAAAGCUGCUUUUGAUGCCGGACAGUUUGAUGUUAGUUUUUUUUUCCUGCUCGCCCAAAAAUCUUUGAAUCCUAAACAAAUAAUGUUUUUUUUUCAGCAAGAAGAGAGGUAUUAUUUCAAUGAUCCAUUUUCUGUGUGCUCGGUAUUGAAAUCGUAUUUACGCGAACUUCCUGAUCCACUUUUGACAAAUGCUCUACAAUCUGAAUGGGUUGCCGCUGUCAAAUUGGAUGGAGAACAACGACUCCAGGCAUUUGAAAGGUUGAUUAAAGCUCUUCCACAAUCACAUCGUGAUAAUUUGAUCUAUCUUAUGCAUUUUCUCAGUGACUUGGAACAAUAUAAAGAUGUCACAUCGUGAGUUUUUCGAGGGUUCUUUUUUCGAAAAAAUUAAAUAAUACAUACAUAUGUAUAAAAGGAGAUAUACAUCUGGACAACACGUGUUCACUGUGCCAACGCACUAUUUUGAAUCAGGAAAAAUAUUGUUUUUAGUAAACAGAAAAACAAAUCAAAUCCCAUUAUUUCUAUUCAUGAUCGCUGAGAAAAUGGAAAACAAAAAAUGUUCCUGGUGUUUUCCCAGACGUAAUUGUGAAAAAACAUGUUGAAUAACAAAAUAAAAUUGUAAAAAAAUGUGUAUGGAUUUAAGUUUAUAUAAAAGAUUUUGUAAACCGUUUAUCACAUAACCUUGAUGAAUUCGAAUACUCUCAUGGGCCCUCAAAAUGAUAGCGAUGGUGGCUUCUUCUACAAUUCAUAUAAAUCUUUUUUUCAGAAUGAAUGCUUCAAAUUUGGCAAUUGUUAUGGGGCCAAACAUUAUGGGAAUCGAAUUGAAUGGUCAUAAUACGGUUGGCACAGUAAUUGUUGAAAGUUUUAUCAACAAUGCCCAGCGAUUAUUCGGAAUUCCCGCUUUCAAACAAAAUCUUGUCGAUGGUCCAAGAGCCUCUUCAGUUCUCGAAAUCACGAGCAAUUUUACACGAAGCAUGUCUGCAGUGAGCCCAAGAACAACUCGACCAAAAGACAAAGCUCCACCUCCACCCCCAGUUUCAGAGAGUAGGAAAUCUUUAGUUGAGACAAAACUAACCUAGUUUUUUUUUUCACAGAGGUCUACCCACUCGUCGAUAUUUCUCAAGGGUCUUCUGAAGCUGAAGAGGGUGAUGAGUCGUUUCGAACACCGACGAAAUCGGAAGCUGUGAUUUUAACGAGAAGUUUUACCGAAAAGAAAAAAAAGACCAUUCACAAUGUAACUAAAACAUGGUGUCGUAAAAUCAGCUCUCGAUAUUUUUUACAGUCAGCACGUCAAACAAAUAGUGACUUGCCACAAGGCCGUCCAAUGAGUUAUCAUUAUGCAGUUGGGGCUAGUACAUCACCGGAAAGUGAUUCGGUGUCAUCUGACGAGAUUGGUUCUGUCAGACAGAAUCUGACUAGACUGUUCGAGGCCACCGAAGCAUCCCCACCGCCAACUGCGCCAGAACGCAAGCGGCAAAGUUUUAUUGGGUUCUUGAAAUCGGCUAAGAACAAAGAAGUCUCUCCUAAUGUGGUUACUGAUGGUGGUAACAAUAGGUGUGUUUAGGCAUGACAAAUUUGUGAAAUUAUUCUAUGUUGCUUUUUAAUUUGCAUGGCCUAAUUAAGUUUGCUUGUUCUCCUAGGUGCUUGAAAAAUACACUAUGAAAACCUUUGCAUGCUUCCCUUAUCACUCCCAAUAACCCUUAUCCUCCACUUAAAACCACCAGCAUGUUGAAAACAAUUCUUAAACACAUAUUAAAAUUCUUUUUCAGAACUCUUGUAACUCUUGAUGACGAGCCUGCGGUGACGAAUCAAAUCAAUUUGACAUCCUCCCCACCAACAAAACCGACCACAACCACCACAACGUCUAAUCAAACGGUGAUUAUCCCACCAACGAUUCCUCCACCGCCGCCAGCCAGCGCAACGAAGCCAAAGCCACCAGUACCGGUAAAGCCAAAAGAUUUGGGUGAAAACAAGGAAUCUUGCAGGUUGUAA